AUGCUGUCCUACGCUGCCGUUAUCGCGGUCUUUGCCCUGUUCCUGUACGGGCCCGUGACCCAGCUCCUGUCCGGCCAGGCCCCGGCCUUGCGCCGGAGCCCGCGGCCCCAGCUCAACGAGGCCCUGCUGGCCCUGGAGCCCAACGGCACCGCCGCCGAGGAGCCGGCCCUCGACUGCGCGCCCGACGCGUACUCGGUGCACAUCUUCUCCAAGGAGCCGCUCGUGCUCUACAUUGAGAACUUCCUGACCGACGAGGAGCGCUCGCACUUGCUCGAGAUCAGCAACCAUCAACCACCGCUAACCCCCGAGCGCAACAGCACCCCGCUCCUCGAGCCCUCGACCGUCACCCACGACGGCGGCGACACGGCCCACCGCGACGCCGCCGUCCGCGACUCCUCCGUCGCCAUGCCCCCGCGCACGGGCCCCGUGCGCUGCGUCGAGGCCCGCGCCCGCGCCCUGCAGGGCUGGCGCGCGGAGCUCUGGCUCGAGCGGCUGCGCGUGCAGCGCUACGACGCGCCGGCGGGCCACUACGCGCACCACUACGACUGGUCCUCGGGCCGGGGCGGCUGGGGCCGCGUGAGCAGCGUCAUGGCGUGGGUCGAGGCCGCGCCCGGGGGCCUCGAGGGCGGCGGCACCGAGUUCCCCUUCCUCCGGCGGCCGGCGGACCCGCGCUGGUGCCGGUUCGUGGAGUGUCCCGAGGGGGAGGGCGGCGGCCGCGAUGGCCAGGAGGGUGAGGCGGAGGGCGUCGUGUUCAAGCCUGUGCCCGGCAAUGCCGUGUUCUGGGAGAACUUCCGGCCGGACGGGACGGGGAGGGGGUACGAAGAGACCUGGCAUGCCGGGCUGCCGGUGCGGAAGGGGGUCAAGGUCGGGCUGAACAUAUGGAGCUGGGGCAGGCUCGACUGA